AUGUCGACCCCAGUCUACGAGGGCACUGAGCCCAAGUUCAAAGCAAGAACCGCAUCCGAUGAACAACAGCCUGGAGAAGCUGACCAACGCUACGAUCUUCCCAUGGAAGAAGAUAUGGUGGAUAGUAAGGGUAAUCGGAUGCAGAUGACUGUUGACCCGCCAGAGCAAGACGAGCAAAAACUUCUACACCCUACUCCCUCGCAGGACCGAGAAAAGGCCAGUCGCCUAAACGAUGACAUCACCAUGCUGCAGGCAGAGCGUCUGGUAUCCAACGCGGAUUGCUCGGAUGGAGAAAUACCUCACUCCAUCCGGCCUGCUCGCUCUCAUCGAACAGAUCCGGUGGAUGAGUUUGACACGGCUACCAAUCCCAUCCACGAACAUGCCUCGCUCUACAAGCCGCCAGAGAAUCCCACAAACUCCGUCGCCCGUUUUUUCAAGAAAGUCCACGAAUCGAGCUUCCUCGUCCGCUAUUUCACUUAUAUCAUCCCGCUAGUGCUCGUCCUACUCGUUCCACUGUUGCUCGGUGCCUUUGUCUUCAAGGAUGCCACUGUCGGCGGCGUCAGCCUGCUCUGGUUCUCCGUCUGGCUGGAGAUUGUCUGGCUUACUCUCUGGGCAGGCAGAAUUGUGGCCAAACUCCUCCAAUACCCCGUGGCUAUAAUCGCCAGCUUGUUCACCAACAACUCGAAGAAGUGGCGGGAUCUCUCUGCUCAAUUGGAAUUGCCGGCUGCGCUGUUCUUCUGGUGGCUAAGCGUGGAAAUUUCCUUUUUACCAACCAUGAUAACUCACCAUGUCGAUGGGGACCGUACGAUCAAAAAUUGGGAAGUGAUUGUGAACAAGAUCAUCAUCUCGAUCUUCGUUGGCAUGACGUUAAAUCUUAUCGAGAAGCUUAUCAUCCAGCUUAUCGCUAUCAGCUUUCACUUGCGGACAUAUGCAGACCGAAUUGAAAUCAAUAAGUUCCAGAUUGGCAGUCUGGCGAAGCUCUAUGCCUAUUCUAGGGAACACACGACCAUGAGCGACUCGGAUCUGGAAGAGAAGGCUGAAAAGCGCAGUUCAGGUGUCAGGACACCCAUGGUGUAUGCCGACCGAGCCCAGAAAGCUGCUCGCGGGGCCCUCAGUAAAGUAGGAGACGUUGCCGGCGUAGUUGCCGGAGACUUUACUGGCAGGCGCAUUAAUUCAAGCAGAGAUCCUCAACAGGUGGUCCUGACUCUACUUCGUUCAACCUCUGGAAGUCAGGUACUAGCCCGCCGCGUAUACCGUACCUUUGUCAAAGAGGGUUUCGAUACUGUUUUUGCCGGAGACCUCAAAUCAGCAUUUGAUAACAACGAUGAAGCGGAUGCAGCCUUUCAGAUGUUUGACAAGGACAUGAACGGCGACAUCUCAAUGGAGGAGCUUGAAGCAGUCUGCACCGAGACUGGAAAGGAGCGGAAAUCGAUCACCGCAUCCCUCAAGGAUCUCGACUCUGUUGUCUCUAAACUCGACGACGUAUUUUUCUUUAUUGUCGUUGUUAUCACAAUCCUGGUUUUCCUAUCUCUCAUCUCCGCAUCGACCGCUGGAGUCCUUACAUCUGCCGGAUCAACUCUGUUGGCUCUAUCUUGGCUCUUUUCCGCUACAGCUCAAGAGUUCCUACAGAGUAUCAUCUUUGUAUUCGUCAAGCAUCCUUUUGAUGUUGGUGAUCGAGUGUCAAUCUACGGUAAUACCGGUGCAAACCUCACGGGAGACGAUUACUUCGUUAAGGAAAUUGCUCUUCUGUACACGGAAUUCAAGAAGAUGCAAGGCCACGUUGUCCAGGCUCCAAACAGCUAUCUAAACACUCUCUUCAUUCUCAACCAGAGGCGUAGUGGUGGUCUUGCUGAAGCUGUCCCAGUCAUCAUCAAGUAUGGAACCACGCUCGAGCAAAUUGAUGCCUUGCGGCAGAGACUACUAGAUUUUGUUACGUCGGAGAAGCGUGAGUUUCAGACCCAGAUUUUGACUGAACUCAAGGAGGUGACGGAGAAUUACUCUAUCACACUCAAUGUGGUCUUCUUCUACAAGUCUAACUGGCAAAAUGAACUUCUUCGUCUACAACGCCGCAACAAGUUUAUCUGCAACCUGAUGAUCUGCCUACAGGAACUUAACAUUGAAGGACCACGCAUGAACCUUGUCGGAUACCGAUCUGAUCUUCCAGCUCAUAUCGCUCAUCAAGGUGCUCCACCACAGUAUAGUAGCUCUCCCGGGUACGGCAGCAACACACCGGGAGCGAUGACCGAUGUAUCGCAGACUUCAGAAGCUCGCGAUGCCCUGGGUGAUCUAGCAUCGUCCUCAGGCGUACAAGGCUUACACCCUACCCAAUCUAUCCUCCGGCACCGUGACCGAUCAGGAACAACGGCCUCAACUCGUUCCCAGGCCAGUACUCACAAACGUGUUGACUUCUCUCUUGGCAUGAAAGCUCUGAGCUCAGACGACAUGAUUUCAGAUGUAUACUGGGACCGUGGCCAGCGUGUAGAUGACGUUGUACGCUUUGCCAAUCUCGAAGCUGCUGAACGCCGCCAACAAGACAAAGGGAACCCCAAUGCAUCCCUGGAAAGAAGGGCAACUAAUCUGCGAAGCUCAAACGAUUCCCACCGGCCCAAUUUCUCCCAGUCAAGAGGCAGCGUCUCAUCAUCCACGUACCGGAACCGAUUUUUCGGUCGCAUGGGAAGCGGCAGGGGAACACCGUCACGGAGCCGAACGCGUGAUGGAGGAGGCAAGUAUGAAGACCUGAUGGAACAAGGAAGAUACCACGCUUCUGUGGCCGACGAUGAGCCUGGCCCGGCUUCAGGCUCAGCUCCAGGCCCAGGGCGACCACUAGACCCACGUUCCGGCAGCGUGGACACCCAGGGAAUGUACGAUGAUACUCAGUCCCACGGAACUAUGUGGUCUUCUGGCGUCGAGCGACACCCAACCCAUGGCUCCGAGCGGCCAUUGGACGAAAGUUACGAACUGCCUAAUUAUCAGCGACAAUAA